GACUCGCAAAACGGACUAAGUUUAGGCAGCGCGGGAGGACAAUCGAUGUAUGGAGACGAGGAGGAAUUACAGAAACAAAUGGCUGGCAUGGCGUUAGUGCACGGCGGCGUGGGCGGUCGCGAGGACGGCGGCGGGUUACAAUGGCGCGACCCCAACCUGCCCGAGGUCAUCGGCUUCCUCAACUCGCCGUCCGACGUCGUGAAGGCCAACGCGGCCGCCUACCUGCAGCACCUCACCUACAUGGACGACCCCAACAAGCAGAAGACCAGGAGCCUAGGCGGCAUCCCACCACUAGUGCGGCUGGUCUCCCACGAGAACCCAGAAGUGUGCCGCAACGCGUGCGGAGCGCUCCGCAACCUGUCCUACGGCCGCCAGAACGACGAGAACAAGCGCGCCAUCCGCGACGCAGGAGGCAUUCCUGCGCUCAUGGCGUUGCUGUGCCGCGCCACCGACAUGGAGGUGAAAGAGCUCGUCACCGGGGUCAUCUGGAACAUGUCUUCGUGCGAGGACCUCAAGCAGUCGAUCAUUGACGACGCGGCGCAGGUCAUCGUCAACAAGGUCAUCAUCCCGCACUCCGGCUGGCAUCCUACCAACCCUGGAGACACUUACUGGUCUAACGUUUUCCGCAACGCAUCGGGCGUUCUCCGCAACGCGUCUUCCGCGGGUGAAUACGCGCGGCGGCGCCUGCGCUGCCUUAACGCGUUACCCGACGCUCUACUGCAUACCGUGAGAGUGGCCGUGCGCGUCAACGGCAUCGGCACCAAGAUCGUCGAGAACUGCGUCUGUGUGCUGCGCAACUUGUCCUACAGAUGUCAAGAAAUUGAAGACCCAUUGUAUGACACGAGAGCACCACCAACGCAGUCGUCGGGACAGGCUAGGAUACAAGCCAGCGCUUCCAAAGGCGAAAACCUAGGCUGUUUCGGCGGCAGUAAAAAGAAGAAGGAAGGCUCAUCUUCGUCUAACUCCACCAGCCCGCUCGGCAAGAGCGAACCGGACACACAACCUCUUGGGGACACGUCAUCUAAUACGCAACUGGGGUACAGCGUGCCGAAAGGAACGGAGAUGCUUUGGUCGCCGGAG